GCGCCGGCGCGCGCCUGGCUGGGCCCUGUGGGGCGGGAGGGAAGCAGCGCCGGAGCGAGAACGGCGGCCGUCGCCCAGAGCCUAGCCGCGCCGCCCGCCGCCCUCCUGCCCGCUCCGCGCCGCUUCACGCCGGCCCGCUCGUUCGCGCUCCAGUUGCCGUGUCCUGCAGCGGGGGCCCAGCAUGGUCAUGGCGGAUGGCCCGAGGCACUUGCAGCGCGGGCCGGUCCGGGUGGGGUUCUACGACAUCGAGGGCACGCUGGGCAAGGGCAACUUCGCUGUGGUGAAGCUGGGGCGGCACCGGAUCACCAAGACGGAGGUGGCUAUAAAAAUAAUAGAUAAAUCUCAGCUGGAUGCAGUAAACCUUGAGAAAAUCUACCGAGAAGUACAAAUAAUGAAAAUGCUCGACCAUCCUCACAUAAUCAAACUUUAUCAGGUAAUGGAGACCAAAAGUAUGUUGUACCUUGUGACAGAGUAUGCCAAAAAUGGAGAAAUUUUUGAUUAUCUUGCUAAUCAUGGCCGGUUAAAUGAAUCCGAAGCCAGGAGAAAAUUCUGGCAAAUUCUGUCUGCUGUUGAUUAUUGCCAUGGCCGAAAAAUUGUGCAUCGUGACCUGAAAGCUGAAAAUCUCCUGUUGGAUAACAACAUGAAUAUCAAAAUAGCAGAUUUCGGUUUUGGAAAUUUCUUUAAAACUGGUGAACUGCUGGCAACAUGGUGUGGCAGCCCCCCUUAUGCAGCCCCAGAGGUCUUUGAAGGGCAGCAAUAUGAAGGGCCACAGCUGGACAUAUGGAGCAUGGGAGUUGUUCUUUAUGUCCUUGUCUGUGGAGCUCUGCCUUUUGACGGACCAACUCUCCCUAUUUUGAGGCAGAGAGUUUUGGAAGGAAGAUUCCGGAUUCCAUAUUUCAUGUCAGAAGAUUGUGAACACCUUAUUAGAAGGAUGUUGGUCCUAGAUCCUUCCAAACGGCUAAGCAUAGCUCAAAUCAAGGAGCACAAGUGGAUGCUCAUAGAAGUUCCUGUACAGAGACCUAUUCUCUAUCCACAAGAACAAGAAAAUGAGCCAUCCAUUGGAGAAUUUAAUGAACAGGUUCUUCGAUUGAUGCACAGCCUUGGAAUUGAUCAGCAGAAGACUAUUGAGUCUUUGCAAAACAAGAGCUAUAAUCACUUUGCUGCCAUUUAUUUCUUGUUGGUGGAACGUCUGAAAUCACAUAGGAGCAGUUUUCCCGUGGAACAGAGACUUGAUGGCCGCCAGCGCCGGCCUAGCACCAUUGCGGAACAAACAGUUGCCAAGGCACAAACUGUGGGACUCCCAGUGACCUUGCAUUCACCGAACGUGAGACUGAUGCGAUCUACCCUCCUCCCACAGGCAUCCAAUGUGGAGGCCUUUUCAUUCCCAACAUCCAGCUGUCAAGCAGAAGCUGCCUUUAUGGAGGAAGAGUGUGUCGACACUCCUAAGGUGAAUGGCUGUCUGCUUGACCCUGUGCCCCCUGUCCUGGUGAGGAAGGGAUGCCAGUCACUGCCCAGCAAUAUGAUGGAGACUUCCAUUGAUGAAGGCUUGGAGACAGAAGGAGAGGCUGAGGAAGACACCAGUCAGGCCUUUGAAGCUUUCCAGGCCACACGGAGUGGGCAGCGACGGCACACUCUGUCAGAAGUGACUAACCAAUUGGUUGUCAUGCCUGGGGCAGGGAAAAUUUUCUCUAUGAGUGACAACCCCUCCCUUGACAGUGUGGACUCUGAGUACGAUAUGGGGUCUGCCCAGAGAGACCUGAACUUUCUGGAAGACAGCCCUUCCCUGAAGGACAUCAUGUUAGCUAACCAGUCUUCACCCCGCAUGGCAUCUCCUUUCAUAAGCCUCAGACCUACCAACCCAGCCAUGCAGGCUCUGAGCUCUCAGAAACGUGAGGUCCACAAUCGGUCCCCCGUGAGCUUCCGAGAAGGCCGCAGGGCAUCAGACACUUCCCUUACCCAAGGAAUUGUAGCAUUUAGACAACAUCUUCAGAAUCUUGCUAGAACCAAAGGAAUUCUGGAGUUGAACAAAGUACAGUUGCUCUAUGAACAAAUAGGAUCAGAGGCAGACCCUAACUUAGCAUCAGCUGCUCCUCAGCUCCAAGACCUCUCGAGCAGUUGUCCUCAGGAGGAAGUCUCUCAGCAGCAGGAAAGUGUCUCCACACUCUCUGCCAGCAUGCAUCCUCAACUAUCUCCACAGCAGAGCUUGGAAACCCAGUACCUACAGCAUCGACUCCAGAAGCCCAGUCUUCUACCAAAGGCCCAGAAUACUUGUCCAAUAUAUUGUAAAGAACCACCUCGGAGCCUGGAACAGCAGCUACAGGAACAUAGGCUUCAACAGAAGCGACUCUUCCUCCAGAAGCAGUCUCAGCUACAAGCGUAUUUCAAUCAGAUGCAGAUAGCCGAGAGCUCCUACCCUCGACCAAAUCAGCAGCUGGCUCUUCCCCAUCAGGAGACUUCACCGCCAUCCCAGCAGCCCCCACCAUUCAGCCUGACCCAACCCCUGAGCCCAGUCCUCGAGCCCUCUUCUGAGCAGAUGCAAUUUAGCCCUUUCCUCAGCCAAUACCCAGAGAUGCAGUUGCAGCCCCUGCCCUCCACACCCAGCCCCCGGGCUCCACAUCCCUUACCCUCACAAUUGCAGCAGCCACCCCCACCGCCUCCUCCUCCACCACCUCAGCAGCCAGGAGCUGCUCCAACCCCCUUACAGUUCUCCUAUCAGACUUGCGAGCUGCCAAGCACCACCUCCUCUGCACCAGACUACCCUGCUCCCUGUCACUAUCCUGUGGAUGGAGCCCAGCAGAGCAACCUCACAGGCGCGGACUGUCCCAGGAACUCAGGACUUCAGGAGACCCCAUCUAGCUAUGACCCGCUGGCCCUCUCUGAGCUCCCUGGACUCUUUGAUUGUGAAAUGCUAGAAGCCGUGGAUCCACAACACAAUGGAGUGGCUUGUCCUAUCAGCAGAUGAAUGCACUAAGCACAAAGCGUCUUCCUUAAAGCACAAGAAGAGAGCUACUACACUGAUGCUGCAUCUAGAAACACCUAUAAGUUGCCUUUCCUCUCUGUAGUAAGUGUCCAGGCAGGCAAGGGAAGACUAGGCAUGGGAAGUCUACGGAGAGCCAUCCUGGUCACCAGCCCAACCCCUGCCAGUGGUGGCGAUUCAAGCAUCUUUGAGGCUGGCCAGAGACUGUAGUUGUUGGGUCCCCACUGGUGCCAGGCUGCUUUGCAAAUGCGCUCUGCUUAGAAUUGGGCUGUGGGUGUCAGCAGGAAUGGAUAGCAGGAGGGACUGUCAUUUUUGUGAUUUAAUAACUGAAAAUCCAGUAAGGAUAAAUUGUGUUUCUCUUAUUGAUUCUGUUCCUCCUCAUGCUUAAGAUUGAUGAUUUUGUGAGAUAAAGAACAUCAUUUCAUUGGAGAGAUCAUUUCAUUAAGAUCUCUAAUACGUUUUAAAGCUUUGCAGAAUAAGCCAGCUAUAAAACGGGGCUUGAUUUGUUUAGACUGGAGGAGGAUGUUUUCCCAAAAUAUACUGCAGAAGCGCUGUAAUAUUGACAAAUGAAAAUGCCUUCCAGAUUGAAAAUGGGGGCCGCUCAUUUCAGGACUGCAGGAACAGCACCGCUACAGAUUGGCAUAAACCCCUGCCCCCCAACAGGGCUGUGAGCUGCUUAGCCCAGGAGACCUAGCAGCUAUGGCAGGACAGUUAGGCGACAGAUGAGGGGCUGCGGAGAGGCUGACAGAAGGUUAAAGGCUGCAGAGAGAAGCCGGGAGCACCCAUCAACAGCCAGCCUGUUAGGCACUGACACACAGAGUGGAGGUGAGGACAGACGCCUGGCGAAGAACACGAACCCUCCUGCUGGAUCUUGUAAGCUCCCGUGUGCUCCUCUCACUCUUUUCCAGUGGAAGUCCCUAACUCCAUGGCUAUCUUUACUUCCUGAGAUGGAAGCUGGUGAGAGCAGAUGGGCUCUGAUGGUCACUCGUCUGAUUGCUUCUGUUGUUGUCCCCUAACUAGUGACCAUGGAAGCUUCCAAGCCAUUUCUCCUCACAAGUACUAAAGUAACACUAAGAAGGCUUAGGCCCACUCUUGCUGAGAGGCAGCUUUGAAAUACUGACAUGCUCGCCUGUCAAUUCACAUCAGCAGUGUGUACACUACUGUAUAGUAACCCUUAGCUUUGUUAUCUUGUAAACCAGCCUCUCCAAAGAGACUGGUGAUUCAAACAUGAGGUAAAAUUUUCAUUUGGCAAAAGUGCAAUAUGUGUGGUACUUUUUUUAUUUUUGUUUAUGGUCUUUUGUUAUCCAGGUAUCACUCUCUGCUUUGGGGGAAAUGCAUUAGUUCUGCAGUCUCCAGUUGGGCAAGUGUGUCUCUAGUAUUUACAUGCAACUGACAUGCUGGUCCCUGUAAGGCAAACAGAGGGUAUUAAUGCAACAGGAAGAUGACAGGUUGUGGGGUCCCACUCCUCUGUUCCCGGGGAGCUACCUGACCAGUGCCAGCCCUCACUGUGCCCUGACUUGGCCUAUCUGAACUGCCACCUUUAGAACAAAGACAGGGACAGUUCUGUGUUCACAACCCUCCAGAAUCUACCCAGUGGGAGAUACUGAGGACCCAGGAAAAGCCUCUGGGACUGAUGGGAGGUAUCAGAGCUAAUCGGAGCAAAGCCCUUUCUUUCACUUGGCAUCCUCGGAAAAAGAAAGCCAGGUCAGAAGUGUUUAAACCCUGUCCUGGUAUCGGGGAGGUAGGACUUCAACCUUUGCCUGCCAUACCCCCUCCUAACCUGCAUUGUUACAGGGCCUCUACCCCAUAACUCCAGUACAACCCAACCAGUGAAGAGACACCCUCUGCCUUGCCCCAGAACUCUGAUAACUAGGGCACUCAACAAGGACUUAUGGCAGGCCUCUCUACCUGUUCCCCGGAGCCAUUAUACCUAAGGCAGAGAAACUAGAACUGGGGGAAAGGGUGUGUUCUCAGCUGGAAAAUGACAAAGUGAGAAACCAGAAACUGAAGGAGCCCAGAAAGUAGCAGUUUCUAGGCCAGAUGAUCAAGGGUCCCAAGUGUGUGUGCCAGCAGCUCAGAACAUGGGGACCCAGUGGGCUCGCCCUCCCUCUAUGGGAUUCCCUAGAAUCUAAACAAGCCUGCUUCUUAAAUAUAUGAGGAGCAGAGUUUUCACUGCUCUGGAUUGCACUUUUACACAUCAGCAGUGAGUUAAGCUCUCUGUUGGUUUAAAGAAAAUUCAUAGUCCAGGUGACUUUUUCACUUCCUCCUCCUUUGGAAACAAUAUGUAGUGUCAUUUGAUGACACCGAUCCCAGUGGGCCCUGUGCCGGGGCUGACCUUUGCUGCGUUUGUACCCCUAAGCUGGGCUGUCUCUACUGCCUCCUCGGAAGCCACCCGAGCCGCUCGGUCUGUCUGUGCCUAGACAUCAAAGGUAAAAACUGGAGAACAGGUAGUAAGUUGGAGUCAUUGCCCAGGCAGGGAUCUUUUAUCAUUUUGUUGCUUCUGGAAAUUUUUUACAGCACUUACCUUCAAAUUGAUUUGUGGGAGACAAGAGCAGCAACAUCUACCUGUUUCAACACUGGACAAAACCAUACUCCAAAACUUAAGACACAUACACAUACACCAAGAGUAGGGGAGGAGGGAGAGAGAGGUCUUCCAUGGGUGGGGUCCCAGAGAAGUAAGCCUCCAUGGCAAAUGGAAUGAGACAGCGGCCCUCUAAGGGUCUUUUUGGUCCUAAAGUCUCUACCCUCACAACAGCUUCUCACUUAUUUGUGUAGCCAUGUUUGCCCAGUUAAUUCUGGAAGACUUCCAGCCUUCCUAGUUGCACCACAUCUUACAUCCACGUUAUAUGUGAGCAGAUUUGGGUAUGUGACUGCAUGGGUUGACAAACAGGUAGGGAUAGUGCCCAACAGCGUAACCAAGGAUGGUUCUUGCAGGUCCUGCCCUCUCACCUUGCCUGUCCAUUUUCACAACAACGGACCAAGCACUUCCACAAGUCCUCACAGUCCUCACUCCAGUUCUGUGGAAUUAGCUAGAGAACUACGGUCCGUAGUUAGCACAGCUGAGGGAAGCGACGCUCUCAAAGGACACAUGACUUCGCAAGUGGCAGUACAGCGACAAGCACCUCCGUGGCCUGGCUUCUGGUCUGUGCUGGAGCCCUGUCCUACAGCCCCCCCUUGGUAGCACACCGCUAUAUAAACAAAGCCCUGUCCAGACACUGCAGCCCAAUGCAGUUAUCCAGGUGACUGCACUUAGGCAAGGAGGGGGGGACGGACACCAGAGAUUGGCCAUCUUGCUGUCCAAUAAAUUGCAGAAGUUUAGGCUUAAAUUGAGGUUGUUUGCUUAUUCAAAGUUAUGUAAGCCAGUGCUUUUUCUUUUCAGUACAUAUGGGAAAGACAAACUCCUCCCUGACUGCCAAAGGGCUUCCUUAGUCGACAGAGUCAAUCCCAGAGAAAAUGGCUGCCCAGAGAAUUGUGGGCUCAACCUUUAUCCUAAAGGGAUGGCACACAGAACCUACCUUCUUUCCUCCCUUCCUUCCUUUUUUCUUUCUUUUUUUUAAUAAUCUUUUGAAAUGGGGUCUCACUAUGUAGUUAUGACUAUCCUAGGAUGUCCUGGUUUACUGUGUAGACCAGGCUGGCCUCGAACUCACAGAGAUCAGCUUCCAAGUGCUGAAAUAAAGGUGUGUGCCACCCCCGCCCAGCACAUUUCUUUACAAUUAAGUUCUGCCAAGUAGGAAGGCUUAUUAAACACUUUCAGGAUUACAGAAUGGUAGUGGGCUUUGAUGAUAGAAUGCUGGGUCUUUUCAGAACCAAAAUGGGUGAGUGGGGGUAGCUUUAAUAAUAGAGACACAGACAACAUCCAGGUGGGUGCAGCGAUGUCACAUUACCAAGUGCAGAUAAAACUGACGCCUGCCCACCCAGGAUUUGCUCAGUCAAGGAAAUUCAUAUGGUCGAACAUCCCUACUACCCAUGGUUUAAAAAAAAAAAAAAUCUGCCUCUACCAGAAUCUGUGAAGGAGAAAG